CUCUCUGGGAAGCGCGCGCAUUUAUUCAGUAGCAGGAGCGCGCGGAGCGCAUAAAUUGGGUGAGAAAGGCAGCGUGAGCAUGCUGUUAGGAGUUGUCAGCCUCAGAAUUGGAUUUUUUGAAUAUAGUUACAGUUUCGGAGCAAAUGAGAACUGGGAGGAACACGUAUCUACUCCGAGAAUAGCUUCUUCGCGGCAGCUCAAUUUAAACGGGUGUUUAAAUUAGAUUUGAGUUAGUGUAGUCGUUUCAUUUUCGCAUGGAAUGCACCGUGGCGUCUCACUUUUAGUUUUAGACAUCGUUAAUUGCAAGCGUGGAUAUUACUGACGCGCUGCGCACGCGAACACAACUGGGGGGACAUCGCUGCAUGUAAUCUCCGAAAUACAUUAAACAAUAGAAUAACAGACACACAUAUGCUUCUCUCUACAUGGCUUUCCGUCUCUGAACAGCGGAAAACCACACAGACGAGCUUGUAUAAUUAAAGCUUGUGGCAGGAACGCGGACGAUCAUUAUUUUGUUGUUGCAAAGCAAUUUCUUCUCAGAGACGCGAGCGGCGCGCGCAGAAGUGUGCUGGAGCCGAGAACGGAUCGCCUGGAGCCGGACACCUCGCUCCUCAGGACGAUGGUGUUAGACAAGGAAGAGGGUGUGCCUAUGCUCUCCGUCCAGCCCAAAGGAAAACAGAAGGGAUGCGCCGGCUGCAACCGCAAGAUUAAAGACCGCUACCUGCUCAAGGCACUGGACAAAUACUGGCACGAAGACUGCCUGAAAUGUGCCUGCUGCGACUGCCGCCUGGGGGAGGUGGGCUCCACCCUCUACACCAAAGCCAAUCUCAUCCUCUGUCGCAGGGACUACCUGAGGCUCUUUGGUACAACGGGGAACUGUGCAGCCUGCAGUAAACUGAUCCCAGCCUUUGAAAUGGUUAUGAGGGCCAGAGAUAAUGUUUACCAUUUGGACUGUUUUGCCUGUCAGCUUUGUAACCAGAGGUUUUGUGUGGGCGACAAGUUUUUCCUAAAAAACAACAUGAUUCUGUGUCAGAUGGACUAUGAGGAGGGGCAGCUCAACGGGAGCUUUGAGACACAAGUUCAAUAGCCAAUCAAACGAUGGCAGCAGCAGCUCUCGGUCCCCACACACAAACACGCGCUUCUGUGCGACGGAUGUUCUGCUGCACUCAGAGAGAAGAGCAUCUGUCUGCUUGCCUGCAAUACUUUUUACAGUAAAAGCCCUAUUGGUCCCUGAGGACUCUAUUGUAAAUGUACUACUUUUUGGCCCUUCCUGUCCCCAACACUGAGCAGUUACACGUUUUGAUGUACAGUUGUGCCUGCUUAGCUGAGCACUGUAAUGCCUGUAUGGUUUUUGUGAUGUUUUUCUGUUUUGGUCUCCAACUUUCUCUCACACUCUCACUCUCUCUCUUUCUAUUUCUCAUUCCCUUGUUCUUCUAAUGCUUCUCUGAGGGUAUGUACAGUCGGUUUUCUGUAUAUAUAAACUGGAACAUUUAUUUUAUGAAACUGUAAUGCAAUUUUAUUACCAGUGUGAAUUAAACAGAUUCUUAAAUGUU